AUGGAUCCAUUGUCAGACCCCAUAUCGCCCUCUCUCGAUCCUCCAGCGAUGCCGGAGACGGAAUCCUUCACCAUCCCCGAGCUCAGCGACUCGGAGUAUCUCACCGAGGUGCUGCGUCUGCCUGAGGGUAAGACUGAAGCUCAGGCUGACCAAGAACUGGUCGCUAGAGCAAACGCCGCUGGCAUCGCCGCCACUCUGCCGUCCGUGGCCAGUCAACGACAACCCGCCAGCAACUGUUCGGUUUCGUCAUUCGGGACUCAGCAAGAUCGAACCUUUUCUAAUGCAUCCAACGGCUCGGCUAGCUCUGCCUUGACGCCUCACUCUUCCGUCUUUGGAUCUCCGAGUUCUCUCUUCGAUACCGGGUCCGGGGUGAGAAGAGGUUCGAUUGCGAGCCUGACAUUUUCCCAUUAUGAGCGAUAUAUUUCCUCCUUGGACACUGCUACCAUUCAGGCUCAACCUCCUCGAGUUCCCCUUUUUGCCAACGACGGUUCUGCCCAAAGCGUGGUGAGUUUUGGUUCUAAAAAGGGCAAUCGUGCGAGCCUCAAGGACCGCCUACGGUGGAAAAGAAAGACCAUCGAACCGGUGGAAAUCAAAAGCUGCCAAAAGAUUUUCGGAGUAGAAUCAGGCGCAUUGCACAAGCUUCAGUGUGGCCACACGCAUUGCGUCGACUGCGUUAGAAACUUGGUUAACCAAGCAGUUCAACAUGAGUCCCAAAUGCCACCACGCUGCUGCUCUCAUCCCCUCCCAGCCCCCCUUGUCAGGACAAUCCUAAACCAGGAAGCUCAGGAGACUUUUUUGCUGGCAGUCCUUAAGCUCGGCACACCUGUCGAGGAUCGACUCUUUUGCCCAGAUCCAGCUUGUGGCCACUUCAUUCCGCCCCAUAACUCUCACGAUGCCAAGCACCCAUUCGAUCUCACAUGCUUCAAGUGCCAUGGUCGCGUAUGCGCCAUAUGCAAAGGAACCGCUCAUCCCGUUGGCGAAGAUUGCCCCCAGGAUUGGGAACUGGCUGUGUUGAAGAAGCAGCAGCAGCAGCAAGAUAUGGGGAGCUGGAAGCGAUGCUACGAGUGCAGAUCCCUAGUUGAGCCGACUGGAGAAUCUCCCUACAUGACCUGCCGAUGCAAAGCUCGCUUCUGCUCCGUGUGCGUUGGUAUCUGGGAUCCCACAACCGGAUGCCCCAAUCUUUGCAACUUUGAAGGGGAAUUACAGCGGCGCCAACAGAGUGAAGCGGCCAUGUCCUGCGCGAAUGAGCAGCGAUUACGGGCCAAUUCGUCAAUUCAGCAACUUGGACUGGAGCAGCAGGAAGAGCUGCAACGCUUCUUAGAUUACAAGUCACAAGGCAAAGACGCCUUACAGACACGCCACUUGAUGCAAGAGGCUGCUUUGGAAGAAAAGUACGAGUGUCAGGAGGAGAAGCUCCACGAAAGACAUGAGAAGGCUUGGACUCAGCAAGAAGACCGCCACGUUGCCGCCGAGAUGGGGUUGCUCGAAACUCUCCAUCAAGAUGAACUGAACAUUCAUCUCCGACUCAAGCACAUGGAGGCUUAUUGCAACGGUCUUGGCCGGAACCCAAACUCGGAUGCGCCAGUCAGAGUCGUCACUGAGCGAGACUUGAGAGAGCUGGGCCAACAGUAUUACCUGCGAGAUGACAUAGGUCGCAUGCGCGAGUCCAAAAUCAAUCUCAUGAGGGAGCGGCAGGCUGUCAAGAUGGAGGAGCUUCAGGCCAAACAGACAGAGGAAUUCUCGCUUUUCCUGGAUAAGAGACAGGAAGCGCUGGAUAGGCUGGAGGCCCAAUUUGUCCAAGAGGAGUCUCAGUUCAACGACACCUUUGAAGGUCGCCAGUCACGCCUACAGUCUCGAUGGGUCCUCGCCAUCGAGGUCUUGUGCAAAGAGCUCGAAGAACAGAACCCUGGUCAGAUCUACCGCCGCAUUGCCACACCACGAUGGCCUGAUGAAAGGACGCUUGAGGUCCGCAAAUAA